GACGUAACAAACCCGGAAGCGGAUGUAACGCGUUGUUUACUGCGUUGCCGUUUGAUUGCGCCAGAUUAUUUUGCUAAUAAGAGAAAGACACGUCAGUUGUUUAUAACCAGGAAUAAAACAGAGCGGAUUUAUAGCGCGACCUUCUGAGGCGUGUUUUAUUGUCACAUAUCUGGAGCAGUCAGAAACUGUAGAAUAUCUCGUCUUAUUUUAGCUUAGCUUGUUAGCCUGGGGAGUGUAAACAUGGCGCUCGCUGCGCUUUUCCUGAUCAACAUGUUAAUGUCUCCGAUCAUCUACUGCUGGAAUGACGGAGCCGUGUUGCUCCGUGAUGUCCAGGCCCUGACUCUGUACCGGGGCCGUUACACCACGGCUCGCCGCUCCAGCCCUGUUCCUCAGCUGCAGUGUGUAGGAGGAUCCGCCGGCUGCUCCGCCUUCGUCCCUGAAGUGGUCCAGUGUCAGAAUAAAGGCUGGGACGGCGUGGAUGUCCAGUGGGAGUGCAAGACUGAUAUGGAUAAUUGGUACCGUUUUGGAAAGGUGGAGGUCUCCUGUGAAGGCUACAACAGCCCCGAUGACCCGUAUAUACUGAGGGGCUCGUGUGGUCUUGAGUAUACAAUGGAGCUCACAGCCGAAGGCCGUCAGAAACAAGGAUCAUCUCGAUUCUCGGACUUUUCAUCUGGAUUCUUCCAGAGAAAGGAGCAGCAUGGAAGCAGCCAGCAUUCCCUGAGUGGAUUCUCAGGCGAGGGUUUAGGCAGCCUUGUGGUCAUUGCAUUCUUCCUGCUGCUCGCCUUCGCCGUGUAUAAGAUGUUCCUGUGUGACUCUAGUCGUGGUUCCCAUGGAGAUCGGUACCAAGGAAACCCAGGGUUUGAUGGGGCAGGCUACAGUAAGACGGGUCCGCCUCCUCCUGGGUUUAGGUCUGAAUAUACAGAUCCUCCUCCUGCAUACAGCUUUACAGAUUCAUCCAGCUCACCUCACGCUGCCGGCUAUGGUGGGUUGGGGUCUGGAAUUGGUGGACUAGGGGGCAGAAACGGAGGUGGAGGAGGAUUCUGGACUGGAAUGGGAACAGGAGGGCUGCUGGGAUACCUGUUCGGCUCUCAGAGGCGUGGUCCUCCUGUGAGUCCUUAUGGUUCACCAUUUUACAACACCAACAACCACAGCAGCAGCACCAGCACCAGCUCCAGUUCAGGGACUCGCACUGCUUCAGGUUUCGGUGGAACAAAGAGAAGAUAAACAGCUCUGGAUUCCACUGGUGACGGAUGACAUCACAGGAGUUCAGUGUGAUCGAACGUUAACUAGUAAAACUAGCUUUAGCCACACUGAAGGAAAAAAAUGAUAUUUUGAAAUGAAAUCUACUCCAUGCCUCAUGUUUAAUAUGUGGGUUUAACCUGUUUUUGUGUGGAUUUAUUAUUAUUUGAAGUUUUUCUGAACACAGCUGAGGCUGUUGAGCUGCUUGUCUCUUAUCAGCGUGUCAUCUUCAGCACCACAGUAAAGAAACAAAGACAGAACAGAGAGGUUUAACACUGUAACGUAUCUGUUUACACAUCAUUCAACUGCAACCUUUACCAUGUCCAGUGAAGAGAUCCACUGAGUUCUGUCUGUAAUUAAAUACCUGCUCUGUUUCCUGUGGACAGUUCAUAAAGAAAUAAAACAUAUUUUUGUAGUAA